CUCAGCUCGUGACGUCACAGCUUGCUCGGACGUAAACAAACAUCUGACAGACGGCUGCUGGUGAGGACUGUUACCACAACUACCACAACUACCACAAUCGUCUCGAUAAAAUAUAUAUUAACCCUCAGACAUGGCUUAAACAACCGCAAAAUUGUCACACUGUAGGAGUCGGGUGUGUUGUGUUGUGGACUAUUCCUACAGGUGUGUGUGUUGGAGCGACGGUUACCUGACCUCGCUGUUUUAGACGUCGUUCGAGGUGUGUGUGUGUGUGUGUGUGUCGUCCAACUGCGCCUCAAUGAAUGGACCAAAUCCGUACCCGACGUUGAUUUUGACGCGUCCGUCCGAGUGAAUAUCUGAAGCAUUUCACGGGUAAUAAUUGACCGAGAGUCGUUAUUCGCUAAACUCUCUGCCGGCUCGACGUAAGAUGAGCCAGCCCCAGCAGGACAGCAAAAGACGGGUGUUUUCGGAAGAGGAACGCCGUCUCCUGCGCGGCCUGGUCUCCACCCACGAAGGAUUACUCAGGUCCCAGAAUGCCGAUGGGACGUCGAACAAGGAGCGCCGUCGGCAGUGGGAGAAGAUCGCCGCCUCGUUCAAUAGCUCCCAGGGCGUGACCCCUCGUUCGGCCCCUGAACUGAGGAAGGCUUGGGAGAAUAUGAACUACCGGGCCAAACACGCGAUGGACAGACAAUACCGUACGCUUCGGGGCUCGUCAGGAGAUGUUUCCCCGCCCGCUGCGACACACACAGACUCGGACGGUGACACCCCAUUGGCCCUGCUUCCAAGCCAGUGUCUCGAGACGAUUAUCUUUCACGAGAAUAACGAUCACAUCAGGACCGACCCAGAUGAGACACAACCGUACAACAGCCAUGGGGACACUCUAGAGCCCCUCACCAUCUCCCCACAUAACUUAACUACAUCGCCGAUUAUAUAUUCUGAGGUGGAGAACGGCUACGUCCACAGGGACCGCGGACGCAAGAGAGACAAAUGCGACCCCGUGUGCGGACACAGCCUCAGGUUGGCCAAGAAACAGAGAGAGCUGGUGGAUCUACAGCUUGAGGUGUACAGCUUAAAGAAACUUAUAGCGGUGAAUAAGUUACAACAGAUGCAGGAAGCUUACCAACUGGAUCUGAAGCACAAAGAGGAGGAACACAGCUUGAAAAUGUGUCUCUUGAAGCGACAGUUAGAGAAAUAGGUGUUUUGGGGGCACGUACAGUAAGCUUACAAGAUGAAGCGGGUAAAGAAUCAGCUUGAGUAUGUUAGUUCCCCAGCAGGAAUUGAAGAAACAGAUAAUUAUGGGUACAUUACACAACCAGUAAGCUUACAAGAUAGAUCAGGAAGUGAAUCAGCUUGAGUAUGUUAGUUCCCCAGCAGGAAUUGAAGAAACAGAUAAUUAUGGGUACAUUACACAACCAGUAAGCUUACAAGAUAGAUCAGGAAGUGAAUCAGCUUGAGUAUGUUAGUUCCCCAGCAGGAAUUAGAGAAAUAUGCAAUUAUAGAUAAGAAUAUUGUUAAAGGCAGCUAACAGUACAGUACAAAUACAUUACUUACAAUACCCGACAUAUAGUACAACUUUACCUCGAAACUGUACAAUCUUUUUUUGCGUUUACAUCACGACCAAACGUAAGACACAACAGCAAUUAUACCGGUAAAUAUAUAUAAUGUAACCCAUAUUUUGUUUAUGGAAUACACAAGUAUUUUUGUUUAUAUCGUGGUGGGGGUAUUUGUGACUGGGUUUCUUAUGGGGUAAUGGUGCUGUGUGUUGACGCUGAUGGUUGACAGUACAAAUAAAAUACUUUGUAAUGUAAGGUUUUUGUA